AUGAAGAUCGAACGAAAACCAAUGACUUCGUAUCUUCCCGUAGAGAAAACAGUACAAGCAAUGUCUGCACUCGUACGAUUGUUAAUUACAUUCGACAUCUAUCCUUUUUUCAACGGCGGAACACUCUUGGGAUGGUAUCGUGAGUGUGGUAUCAUUCCACAUACAAACGAUAUAGACUUCGCUGCGUUCAUCGAAGAUUAUAAUCCAGAUUUUCUUGAACAUCUGCAGAGCGGUAAAUCGAAAUUCAAACUAAAGCGAAAGUUCGGGAAGGUAAACGAUUCUUACGAAUUUACACUGCGACCGGCAGAUAACAGUCGACCAGUAAUUGAUCUCUUCUGGAUGUACAGCGCAGAAAAUGAAUCUUGGGUGGGAGGAACUGGUAGAACUGGCGCAAAAUACAAAUACACCUAUCCCAGAAUUACUGAUAACGACAUAUGUGCAGGCGAUUUGCUCAAUAACAUCUUCUGGUUGCCGUGUGAUCCUGAAGCGAUCAUUACGGAAAAUUGCCUUGUUCAUGGCGGAUUUGAAGUUUGUCCUAUAGUGCUUGAGAGUAAGAGCGCCUUUUAUGGCUUCAUUGCACCUACAACGUUUUGCACGGAGUAUGGACCCAAAUGGUACAAAGAUCAUCCAACGAGUAGGUUUUCUUGGAGCUCAUCACAUUUCAACGUCAAGAAAAAUGGACAGUGGCGCCCUAGUGAGAUGAAACAUGUGUACAAAAUCUACUGA